GAGCUGCUCCGCGGUGCUGCUGCCGCCGGCCGGGGGAGGGCUGAGGGCUCCCUGCCGCCCUCCUCCCCUUUCGCCCCAUCCCCGCUCUCCCCGGGGCUGCGGAAGAUGUAAGCGGCACCGGCGGCGUGAGGCGCUCCCGAGUGGCCGGCCGCUUUCCGGGCCGCCGCUGACGGGUUGGCUUCGUGUGUGUGUUCCUCCCGGCAGGGCGAGCCUCCCCCGGGCCGCAGCGAGCCUCCCGCCGCCGGAGGAGCGGCAGGCAGCCGGCAGCAGCCAUGCCGAGCGGUAAGGAGACGCGGCUGCUGCACCUCAACGAGAUGGAGAAGCUGGACAAGACCCUCUUCAGGCUGGAGCAAGGGUUUGAACUACAGUUCCGAUUGGGCCCAACUCUUCAAGGCAAGCAUGUUACCGUGUGCACUAAUUAUCCAGCUUCUGGAGAAUUAUUUGAUCGCCACAAGUUCAGGACAUUAUCAUGGCACAAUCCCACAGGAAAAGAAGAUGACUCUGACAAAUAUUGCAAGUUAGAUCUCCAGAUUUCUGGGUCAUAUCAAUACUAUUUCAGUCUUGGAAAUGAGAAAAGUGGUGGAGGUUACAUAGUUGUGGAUCCUAUUUUGCGUGUUGGUGCUGAUAAUCAUGUGUUACCUUUGGAUUGCGUUACACUCCAGACAUUCCUCGCUAAGUGUCUGGGACCAUUUCAUGAAUGGGAAGAUAGACUUAAAGUGGCAAAAGAAACAGGUUACAACAUGAUUCAUUUUACACCGCUGCAGAAGCUUGGACUUUCUAGAUCAUGUUAUUCCCUGGCUGAUCAGUUAGAAGUAAAUCCUGAAUUUUCAAGCCAUAAUAAAAAAUGCACCUGGAGUGAUAUAGGAGCUCUUGUGGAAAAAAUGAAGAAUGAAUGGAAUAUGCUUUGCAUCACAGAUGUAGUCUACAAUCAUACUGCUACUAACAGUGAGUGGCUCCAGAUGCAUCCAGAAUGUGGCUAUAAUCUUGUAAACUCUCCUCACCUGAAGCCAGCUUGGGUCUUAGAUAGAGCUCUGUGGCACUUGACCUGUAUGGUGGCUGAUGGAAAGUGUAUUGAUAAAGGGGUCCCUCCGUUGAUUGAAAAUGAUCAUCACCUGAAUUGUAUCCGUAAAAUAAUUUGGGAAGAGAUAUAUCCAAAAAUCAAACUGUGGGAAUUUUUCCAAGUGGAUGUUAAUAAAGCUGUGGAACAAUUUAAAACCCUUCUAACUCAAGGCAAAAUGAGCACUAAAUCUGAUCCAAAUCAACAUCUUCAAAUAGUUCAGGACCCUGAUUAUAGACGAUUUGGCUGUACUGUAGAUAUGAAUAUAGCAUUGGCAACAUUCAUACCGCACAGCAAUGGACCAGGUGCAAUAGAAGAGUGUUGUAACUGGUUUCGCAAGAGGAUUGAGGAACUGAAUGCUGAGCAACACAGACAGAUUAAUCACCAUCAAGAGCAGGCGGUCAAUUGUCUUGCGGGGACUGUGGUUUAUGAACGACUGUCUGGUCAUGGUCCUAAACUGGGUCCUAUUAGUAGAAAAUAUCCUUUAGUUACCAGGUAUUUUACUUAUCCAUUCAAAGACCUGACUGUGGAGGAAGAAGAAGCUAUGAUACAUCACCCAGAUAAAGCUUGCUAUUUCAUGGCCCAUAAUGGAUGGGUUAUGGGCGAUGAUCCUCUUAGAAACUUUGCAGAACCAGGUUCAAAUGUUUACUUGAGAAGGGAGCUUAUUUGCUGGGGAGACAGUGUGAAGCUGCGUUAUGGGAACAAACCUGAAGACUGCCCAUACCUCUGGGCACAUAUGAAAAAAUACACCGAAAUCACUGCCAAAUAUUUCCAUGGCGUUCGUCUUGACAACUGUCACUCAACGCCUAUUCAUGUAGCUGAGUACAUGCUGGAUACAGCUAGAAAAUUGCGAGCAGAUUUGUUUGUAGUGGCUGAGCUGUUCACAGGAAAUGAGGAGCUGGACAAUAUCUUUGUGAAUAGGCUGGGCAUUACCUCCUUAAUAAGAGAGGCAAUGACAGCUUAUAAUAGCCAUGAGGAGGGAAGGUUAGUUUAUCGUUUUGGAGGUGAACCUGUUGGCUCUUUUGUUCAGCCACGUCUGAGACCUCUGAUGCCAGCUAUUGCUCAUGCACUGUUCAUGGAUAUUACACACGAUAAUGAGUGUCCAAUUCAGCACCGAUCUGCAUAUGAUGCUCUUCCCAGUGCAAUGAUUGUUUCCAUGGCAUGCUGUGCUACAGGAAGCACCAAAGGAUAUGAUGAACUUGUACCACACCAGAUAUCCGUAGUAUCUGAAGAGAGAUUUUAUGCAACGUGGAAUCCAGCAGCACACCUGACUUCUGGUGAAGUUAAUUUCCAAACAGGAAUUCUAGCAGGAAGGCUGGCCAUAAACAGGCUGCAUCAGGAGCUGGGGGCUAAAGGCUUUAAUCAGGUGUAUGUAGAUCAAGUUGAUGAAGAUAUAGUGGCAGUGACAAGACAUUGCCCUAACACACACCAGUCUGUUGUGGCUGUAAGUAGAACUGCUUUCAGGGAUCCGAAGACUUCCUUCUACAGUAAAGAAGUACCUGAAAUGUGUAUCCCAGGGAAAAUUGAAGAAGUAGUACUUGAGGCUAGAACUAUUGAGAGAAAUGCUAAUCCUUACAAAAAAGAUGAACGUUUUAUAAAUGGAUUGCCUAACUUCACAGUGGAACUCAGAGAGCACAUUCAGAUUAAAGACAGUAAAAUUAUAAAGCAAGCCGGAACUGCCAUAAAAGGGCCAAAUGAAUUUGUUCAAGAAAUAGAAUUUGAAAAUUUAACACCAGGAAGUGUAAUAGUAUUCAGAGUCAGUCUUGAUCCAAAGGCACAAGAGGCUGUUGGUGUACUCCGUAGUCAUCUGAUCCAGUUCAGUCCUCAUUUUAAAUCUGGAAGUCUUCCCGAUGAUCAUUCAGCACCCAUAUUAAAAACAUUAUUUUCUUCAAUUGCAUCUAAACUAAGUUUGGCUGACCUAAAUCAAGUGCUGUAUAGGUGUGAGGCAGAAGAGCAAGAAGAUGGUGGAGGUUGUUACAAUAUACCAAACUGGUCACCGCUGAAGUAUGCAGGCCUCCAAGGGUUAAUGUCAGUAAUGGCAGACAUUAGACCAAAGAAUGAUUUGGGCCACCCGUUUUGUGAUAAUUUAAGAUCUGGAGAUUGGAUGAUUGAUUAUGUCAGCAAUCGUCUGAUUUCACGUGCUGGAGCCUGUGCAGAAGUUGGUAAAUGGUUGAAGGCCAUGUUUAUCUAUUUAAAGAAAAUUCCACGUUACCUUAUCCCAUGUUACUUUGAUGCCAUAUUAGUGGGUGCAUACACAACGCUUCUGGAUGUGGGAUGGCAUCAGAUGUCUAGCUUUGUGCAGAACGGAUCAACAUUUGUUAAACACCUUUCCUUGGGCUCAGUCCAGAUGUGUGGGAUAGGAAAAUACUCAUGUUUGCCCGAUCUGUCUCCUUCCUUACAUGAUGUUCCCUAUAGACUGAAUGAGAUUACAAAUGAGAAGGAACAGUGUUGUGUUUCUUUGGCAGCUGGUUUACCUCACUUUUCUUCAGGGAUUUUUCGCUCUUGGGGAAGGGAUACCUUUAUUGCACUGAGAGGUCUAAUGUUAGUUACAGGGCGUUACCUAGAAGCAAGAAACAUAAUUUUAGCAUUUGGUGGGACUUUAAGACAUGGUCUCAUUCCCAACCUGCUCGGCCAGGGGACACAUGCCAGAUACAACUGUCGUGAUGCUGUAUGGUGGUGGCUUCAGUGUAUCCAGGACUACUGUAAAAUUGUCCCAAAUGGAUUAGACAUUCUCAGAUGCCCUGUUUCCAGGAUGUACCCAAGAGAUGACUCUUCUCCUCAACCUGCAGGCAGUGUGGAUCAGCCGCUUUAUGAAGUAAUACAGGAAGCAAUGCAACGACACAUGGAAGGCAUAAAUUUCCGAGAAAGGAAUGCCGGUCCGCAGAUAGAUCAAAACAUGAGAGAUGAAGGUUUUAAUGUAACAGUGGGUGUUGACCAUGAAACUGGCUUUGUCUUCGGAGGGAACCGUUUCAAUUGUGGCACCUGGAUGGAUAAAAUGGGGGAGAGUGACAGAGCUCGCAACAGAGGAAUUCCUGCUACUCCGAGAGAUGGCUCUGCUGUGGAAAUUGUUGGCUUGUGUAAGUCGACUGUUCGCUGGCUGCUGGAUUUAUCUAGGAAAAAUGAGUUUCCAUUCCAUGGAGUCACCAUAAAAAGACAUGGAAAGGAGGAAACUAUCACGUAUGAUGAAUGGGACAGAAAAAUUCAAGCACACUUUGAAAAGCUCUUCUUUGUCUCUGAGAACCCAGCAGAUCCAAAUGAAAAACAUCCAAAUCUUGUUCACAAACGUGGAAUUUAUAAAGACAGCUACGGAGCUUCAAGUCCAUGGUGUGAUUACCAACUCAGACCAAAUUUUACAAUAGCAAUGGUUGUGGCUCCUGAGUUGUUCACGCCUGAGAGAGCUUGGAAAGCUCUGCAGAUAGCAGAGGAAAAACUACUUGGUCCGUUAGGCAUGAAAACUUUAGACCCAGAUGAUAUGGUGUACUGUGGAGUAUAUGACAAUGCUCUUGACAAUGACAACUAUAAUGUAGCCAGAGGUUUUAAUUAUCACCAAGGACCUGAAUGGCUGUGGCCAAUUGGAUAUUUUCUUCGUGCCAAAUUGUACUUCUCGAAGUUAAUUGGUCCACAGAUACAUGCAAAAACUGUAGUUAUGGUAAAGAAUGCGCUUUCUCGCCACUAUGUUCACCUUGAAAGAUCAUCCUGGAAAGGGCUUCCAGAACUGACCAAUGAAAAUGGACAAUACUGUCCUUUCAGCUGUGAAACUCAGGCCUGGUCAAUUGGUGUUAUCCUUGAAAUCCUUUAUGAUUUGUGAAAGUUUUUGAUUGACGUGAUGAAACUUCUGGGUCUUCUCAUUAUUGGGCAUAAACAAACACUUGGCUUACAGUGCAACAGAAAUGUCCUGCUCUGCACAAUCACUUUCGCUGCAUCCUGACUUUCAAAAAUGUUGAAAGAGAGCAGAUCCUAUGCUGAGUAACUGUGUGGGGCUUGGUUUUCUUUUGAAAACCGGGCCAAGAAAAUAAACUAAAACUGCAGUGCACAUGUAAUGCAGAAACUUUUAGUAAGGAGCAUUUUAAAGAAUAUGCACAAUUUUAUUUUAGGUAGCUUUGAAAUUUAGACAUCUCAAGUCAAAAUCAUACAUAUAACAAAGCGGGGUGGUUCUUUACUGAGCUAAGCAUAUGAAGAAUUGCUCUCAUGUUUUUGUUUUUUGUUUUUAUUUUGUCUCUUUAAGAAUAAAUGGUUAUUUGCAAAUGCAUGCUUAAAGAGUAGUAGACUAACAUACAGCAACAUAUGCCAAUAAAAGCAGAGUACUUUGUCUUGAACUGUACUGGGGGGAGAGCUGUAUGUGUUCAAUUGAACACUCCAUUAAGUAAACACAAAUAAGUUAACAAAACAUGUAAACCUUUGAAGUUACAUACAAUAUUUUAAAAAACCUUUAACUACUCUUUAGAGUUAAUUCUUGAGCAAUGAUGAGACAAUAUCGUGUGCUAAUCCAUUUAUAAAUUUAUUUAAAUACUGUGAGUCUUGCAGCAAACUUAUUUAUUCAUUUAAAUGUGAUUUUUCACAACGAGAAAUUCAUAAGAAACAUGCAUGUGCAUAAUAAAAUGGACUACCUAUAUGUUAGGGGAGACCAUGUAUCUAUCAUAUAUUAUAGGUCACUUCAGGCCUUUAUUAUUAAUAAAAUCCUGGCUUUGUUGAAGCAAAUGGAAACAAUAUCAGUGGGGAAAAUAAAUUAACCUACCACUGGUGAAAAUGGGGUUUUGAAGACUUUUGAAAUUACACCAGUAGGAAUAAGCAGGCUACCUCUGUGUGUAGUUCUUUGGGAACAGCAUCCAGUGAACAAAAUGCAAAACACGUAUGUUCUUUAAUAUAUAGAUACCUGCAUGCCCUUACUGACCUCUGUUUAGUGUUCCCAAAUUGAAGGGUGUUUGGCAGAAGUGCAGUUGUAAUUCCCAGUUCUCUAUUCCUGUGGGUUUUCCAUCUUAGUGGUAAAACAGGUAGAAUAAAUAGGUAGAAGAUGGUGCUGACAGCUUCCUGCAUCACAAGGGGAAAAAGCAAAACUGAUGGUACAUUUCUUAAUGUCAAACAACAUGCUGAAAAUGAAAUAUAUGCAUGAUGAAUUUAUAACACACCAGUAACACGUAGGUCAAUAUUUUAUUGUACCAGUAUUUUAAAGUUUUCUUACUGAAGUGUAGCACAAGUGUGCUGCCUUUUUCAGGGAGAUGUUACAGAUGUAUUUAAGGGCAAGUUAAUUGUAAGAAGUGGCUAUACUUGCACUAUUUAUUUCAAAGGUUAAUAAUCUUAAGUAGAUCAAGUCCCUUGCUAAAGUGUUCAGUACUUAAAAGUUCUGAUUAAGGAUGGAGUAUAUUGUACCUCAAGUUUUGAACUGCUGCAAUACGUGGUUUGGGAGACUUACUUUCUCGACAUAAUGUAUGAGAGGUGUCAUUUGAUCAAAAAUGUUACUGAAAUGUCAGCAACAGAUCAUGAAAAAUAUUCAUAUGCCUCUUGCACAUUAAAAAAAAAAAAAAAGGGAAUUUCCAAAUUUCUUGAUAAUGAUAUUGAGGUUUAUGUCCUACUGUGUCACUAGCAUUUACUGUUUUCCUAGAUAAUUAAUUCUUGGUUAUUAUUUCAGGGUAUGUUAUAGCUCCUAUGGAAAGCAGGAACAAUAUAACAGAAUAAAUUGUUCUUAUUUGGUGAAAAUACUUUGAAAUGGGAAGUGGAUCUUAAAGAGUUGUGAUAGAAAAAGAUUUCCAAAAGAUGUCAAAUUAUAGACAUAGGCAAUAACACUCUUUGUAUGGGGGAAAAUGGCAGAAAUUAUUAAUCAAAUUAUUCCUACUUUAUUACAGGUAACUUUUCACUGUUUUGCAAACUGCACUGCUGACAGUGUGAUUGUCACUGCUAGUUUAUUUUUCUAAUUUAAUAGUAAUAUUUUAAAAGAUAAAAUCUCCUCUGUACACAAAUACGUAUGAUGGAGUUUAUGCUUGCUUAUGAUGUUACUUUUGCACUGAUCAGUUAAGUAUAACUUCAGUGACAGAUAAAUGUUUUAUAUAGAAAAAUAUGUAUAGCAUUGGUUUACCGUUAUUAUGUAGCAAGAAAAGUAAGAGGUUAGGCUAUGACUAAGCUUUUUUUUUUUUUUUUUUUUUUUUUUUCCUUUUUUUAAACAAUCCUACUCAACAUUUCAUCAAACUGGACAGUUCAAAAAUGAAGAGGGAAGAAAGCAAUGUUAAAUCUAAGAUUAUAUGAGCUGGUGUUAAUCUAGAUAAACUCUAUACUGAAGUGAUAAUCUCUUAAAAAUAGCCAACUGUACUUUUUGAAACAUUGCCUGAUCUCAAAUUGUAUUUUUAUUCAUUAGUAUCAUUUAUAUUAUACACUCCAGUAAGUCCAGUAAGGCAAAGCUAUAAAUAAAAUUUGUUUUGGAAAUAAAUUAAGGAACUUGGUAACAACUCUGGCUCCACUAUGUUCUAGUUGAUCUUUUUUGAUCUCAUGUUUUAUGUGUCAUUCUUGCACUGCAUGUUGUAAUGUUAAACGGAAAGAUUGCAGCAUAAUCGGGUUUUACACAUGUCUAGCACAGAAACAACUGAGUUUAGAAAAUGUAGUUCUUCAUUUUUGAAAUGCACAAAAUAAAAUUCCCUAAUUCAGC